AUGGUCAGAUGGUCAUGCCAUAUAGGUGAGGAAGGAAAUCAUCAUCCAAAAAUAAUGAGUAAAAAAAGUAUUGUUUUCGGUAAAAAUGAUGGUACUUCCGAUAACGAUGUCUAUGAUGCGUUUGGCAAUUCUAUUGGAAAGAUGUGGGAGGAAAAUAAUUACAUCUGGAGUCAAGAAGAACAAAACACAAGUGAUGUAACAGAAAUUGAAUGUAAAAGAGCUGGAAUUAGUUGCAAUUUGAAAGUUUGCGGAAUUGAAAACACAAGCACGAGGACAAGGAGAAAAACAAAUGGAAAAACAAAACGAGACAAGAUUAGAGUACAAGGAGAAGAAGUGUCAAAUUCGAUAAUGAGAGAGAAAAAUCAUAAACAAUAA